UGGCUCUUGAUAAUUAAACAGUUUGGAUCGUCUGGGAGCUUUUUGACAAAGUUUCAGGAAGCCAUCAAAAAGUUCGUCGAACGAAACGAAAGCAUACUCGGCCACCAAGAACACAAACAAGUCAACAAAAGGGUUAGCUCCUAUUCCGGUGUAAGCCGGAACAUUUUACAGAAGUCCAGUUUAAGGACAACAGUGCUGGCAGAUUUUGAGUGUUCGAGUUCAUGAUUCAAGGCAAAGUGGAUCGGAACAAGUCGAUCUUAUGAAAUUUAAUCUUCCAAAUGGCCACGGCCGGUCCAGUCUCCACGGGAAGUACGGGUUCAGCGGGCUCUGCGGGCACUCGGAAGAUGACUUCUUCAGAGGGUCUCGGGACCUCAGGCUCGUCCCAGACCAUGAAGAGAACCAUCGGUCACCGAGGGAUUGACCCCACAGGAGAGACCACCUAUAAAAAGACCACGUCCUCAGCUCUGAAAGGUGCCAUCCAGUUGGGCAUUGCCUACACCAUUGGCAGUCUGAGUCAGAAACCAGAGAGAGAUGUUCUUAUGCAAGAUUUUGAAGUGAUGGAGAGUAUCUUUUUCCCCAGUGAAGGCAGUAAUCUUACUCCAGCUCACCACUACAGUGACUUUAUGUUUAAGACCUAUGCACCCAUUGCCUUCCGUUACUUUAGAGAGUUGUUUGGAAUUCGCCCGGAUGACUUCCUGUACUCCCUCUGUAAUGAACCACUGAUUGAGCUGUCCAACCCAGGAGCGAGUGGGUCUGUGUUCUAUGUCACAAGUGAUGACGAAUUCAUUAUUAAAACAGUACAGCACAAAGAGGCUGAGUUUCUACAGAAGCUCUUACCUGGAUACUUCAUGAAUCUUAACCAAAACAAGCGGACACUUCUUCCCAAAUUCUACGGGCUGUACUGUAUACAGGCAGGCGGUAAGAAUAUUCGCAUUGCGGUGAUGAACAACCUGCUGCCCAGGGCCGUGCCCAUGCACAUGAAGUUCGACUUGAAGGGCUCCACGUACAAACGCCGCGCCUCAUUAAAGGAGCGCGCCAAAGCUCUGCCCACCUACAAAGACCUGGAUUUCAUGCAAGAUGUGCCUGAAGGCCUUCUCCUGGAUGCAGACCACUAUAAUGCCCUCUGCAGGACCAUCCAUCGAGAUUGCCUGGUGCUGCAGAGUUUUAAGAUAAUGGACUACAGCCUGCUGCUGGGGGUGCACAAUGUGGUCCAGGUCGGCCAAGAAGCUGCUGUGCCCACGUCUGACCAGAGGAGGGCGCAGGGUCAGAAGGCACUUUACUGUACGGCCUUAGAGUCCAUUCAAGCAGAGGGGAAAGCAGGAUCCGAAAGCCAAGAUCACUUGGGAGGAAUACCUGCAGUCAACUCAAAGGGCGAGAAACUGUUGCUCUUUGUCGGCAUCAUAGACAUUCUGCAGUCAUACAGGUUGGUUAAGAGACUGGAACACUCGUUUAAAGCUCUGGUGCAUGAUGGGGAUACUGUCUCUGUGCACAGACCGGCUUUCUAUGCUGAGCGUUUCGAGAAAUUCAUGUGCAGUACUGUGUUCAGGAAGAUCACACUGAAGACCUCCCCUUCUAAGAAGAGUCGUUCAGGGGCGUCAUCUGGUCUAAGGAGAGCCAACACAGCCCCACUCGGACAAUCCCAACAGCAAGCAUCCCGGCCACAGCAACAAGCCCAGCCUACACAGGAAGCAGCACAGCAACAAGCCCAGCCUACACAGGAAACAGCACAGCAACAAGCCCAGCCUACACAGGAAACAGCACAGCAACAAGCCCAGCCUACACAGGACACAGCACAGCAACAAGCC